ACGAACGCUCGCCCAUUCACAACACCACCACCACUAGUUUAGUGGCGAGCCCGGUAAAGCUUAGGAGUCGGAAGCCUCUAUGGCCAAGCACAAGGCCUCGCUUCCGGUGAUCCGCCGCCGCGUCGGCGGCGCCGGACUGUUGCGGUGGGCGGUGCGAGUCGCCUCGAGCAUACUGCUGUGGACGGCGCUCCUCCAGCUCUCCACCUUCUUCGGCCUUCCCCGCUUGCCGCUCCGCGCCGCCCGGCCUUCCUGCCCAGGGAACCGCAACGCCUCUACCACCGCCUCCGCCGUCGCCUCCGACGAGGUCCUGGGCCUUGCGCCCCCAACUCCGCCUACCAGGAGACUUUACAGAAGUAACGGCUAUCUUCUUAUUUCAUGCAAUGGCGGUCUGAAUCAAAUGCGAGCUGCGAUAUGUGACAUGGUAACCGUGGCACGCUAUUUGAAUCUGACCAUGGUGGUACCUGAACUCGAUAAGCAAUCCUUCUGGGCUGAUCCUAGUGAUUUUGGGGAUAUAUUUGAUGUGGAUCAUUUCAUCUAUUCUCUAAGAGAUGAGGUAAAGAUUAUCAGAGAACUCCCACGUAAAUUCAAUGGGAAAGUUCCACUAUCAAUGCAACCAGUCAGCUGGUCUAGUGAGAAAUACUACUUGAGACAGAUCCUGCCUCUUGUACGAAAGCACAAGGUUAUACGUUUUAGCCGGACAGAUUCUCGCCUUGCGAACAAUGGCCUUCCUUUAAGGCUCCAAAAGCUUCGCUGCCGUGUGAACUACAAUGCGCUAAGAUUUACACCAUCCAUUGAGGCCCUAGGCAACAAGAUGAUAUCAAGUCUCAGGAAGACUGGAUCGUUUGUUGUGCUUCAUCUGAGAUAUGAGAUGGAUAUGCUUGCCUUCUCUGGUUGUACACAUGGAUGUUCUAAUCAAGAAACAGCAGAGCUCACGAGAAUGAGGUAUGCAUAUCCCUGGUGGAAAGAAAAGGAAAUAGACUCUGAGAAGAAAAGGCUAGAGGGAUUGUGCCCGCUUACACCUGGAGAAACAACAUUAGUGCUCAAAGCUCUUGGUUUCCCCAGGGACACUCGGAUUUAUAUUGCGUCAGGUGAAAUCUAUGGUGGUGAAAAAAGAUUAGCUGCAUUGAAGACAGAGUUCCCUAACAUUGUGCGUAAGGAGAUGCUUUUAUCUGAUGAUGAGCUACGGCUCUUCAAAAAACACUCAACUCAAAUGGCAGCCCUGGACUAUCUUGUUUCUGUUGCAAGUGAUGUUUUUAUUCCAAGUAAUGAUGGAAACAUGGCUAAAGUUGUAGAAGGACACCGCAGGUUUAUGGGCUUCCACAGAACUAUACAGCUUGAUAGGAAGAAGCUUGUUGAGCUUAUAGAUCUUUUUGAAGACCAGGAACUGUCAUGGGAUGAAUUCUGCAUUGCUGUUAAGGAGAUACACGAGGGCCGAAUGAGCCAACCCACCAGAAGAAAAGUUAUUGCUGGGCAGCCAAAGGAAGAAGACUACUUCUAUGCAAAUCCUUAUGAAUGUCUUGGGCCUGCUACAAAGAGAAGGGAAAAGCUAAAACAUACUGAGACAUGAACACUACACUUAGUGCCUGACUGGUACAGAAGGCUGGUGUGGAAGUGGUAAAAAGUAGUUUGACAAUUUCAUUUAGACACCGUCCUAAUAACCUGAUUAGUUGACUUCAGUAGUGACAUAACAAGCUUCAGCACGUGCUCAUAUUUUUGCCGAGCCUCAUCCUCAUGAAGCGCAACUAUGUGAAUAAGUUGUAACACUACCAUGCCUGUGCAAGCUGAUAGCUCAGCUAUGAAGCAUCAUUCUUCUGGAUUGGAUGAUCAAUAUGGGAGGUGGAGUAGCUUAUUACCACCCAGAGACUUGGUGGACAUCAUUGGUUUCUGUGCUCAGAGUUUGUUGAUUCCAUAUUCAUUUCUCCCUAUUUUUGGCUGAUGGCACAGCCUUGAUGGAGCUGGAAGCGCUACAUAUGAGCUGUACAUGUAGACCUGACCAUUCUUGAGUCGCUGCCAGCUACUAUGUUGUAAUGUUAGGUUGAUGCAUCUGCUCCUGUGUAAAAAGUGUUGUUGCAUUUGAUUUUGAUGUACAUAAACCUUGCUUCAAAGUAAUGGAAAUGCAUUGUAUGCAAA